AGUAAAAAUAUUUUGAAAAUGUAAUGUACCUAUUUAAAAUGCUAAUAGAUUUUCGGUGACAAUUUAAAGUAUUCGUUUUUAAAUUACAUCAAAAUAAAAAAAUCAUGAGAAAUUUUGUCACGUUUACCUACAAACACCUAAAAACAUUGUUAAAUCACUCAUUUUAGAAUCUAAAAUAUGUAUUUCAUGAAUUUGAUUUAUUAUGGCUAUUUAUUUAUAAAAAAAUGAAAAUUUUUGGUCGAUAUUGCUUUUCAGAUACUUAGCGACGGGUGCCACAUUUAAUCAGUUACAUUUAGAUUUUUUAAUUGGAAAAAGCACUGUUCGAGUUAUAAUUAAAGAGACUCUUGCAGCUUUGUGGGAAAAAUUACAGCCUUUGGAAAUGCCAGAACCUACUAAAGAAUUAUGGAUAAAAAUAGCAGAAGGAUUUUAUAAAAACGCAAACUUCCCCAAUUGUCUUGUCGCAGUUGACGGGAAACAUAUCCGAAUAAUAAACCCAGCAAAGAGUGGAUCAAACUAUUACAAUUACAAACACUUCUUUUCAAUUGUUUUAAUGGCUUUGGUAGAUUCAAAUUAUUGUUUUCUUUCAAUAGACGUUGGUGCUUUUGGUAGAGAAGGAGAUACUAACAUAUUUAAGAAGUCACCUUUAGGGAAAAAAUUAUAUGAUCGACAAUUGGAUAUAUCGUGUGGAAAAAAGUUACCAAAUGAUAAUGGUGGUAAAGAAUAA